AUAUACUAAGAAAUGGACCGCCCGGUUUGGACACAUCCAAGAAGAAUAACAUGUGGAACGAGGCAGAAGGUUCAGAACAUGGUGUCAAUUCUAAAGAUCAUCUAGAGGUUACCGCUGGAGACAACAGCUCAACAUCAAGCAUGAUGGCAACAACCUUGUUUGCGAGGGAAGGAGGAGUAUGCAUCGACAAACACGACGUGAGAUCUCCAUAUCCAGGUCUCGGUGACGUGGAGAACUUCCAAGUCAUCCUCCAUGGCUCGAUCAUCAACCUCCCGGACGGCCUGCGCAGGAGGUACUAUGAGCUCUGCUGUUCCCAGAAGGCGGUCCUCCACAGGAACCUGCUCGAGACAAACGAUAUCCUGGCUGAAGGGAUGAUCACGAAGACCAGCCACAUGGCCGAGUGCGUCAUGACCCCCUUGCAUGCUGCUGCUGCUACUUCUUCUCGCGAGGUUCUCCUGGUGUGGAAGAAGACGCUGGGGGCAUUGGAGGUUUUUGGAAUGGACGUGGCCUUCUUGCGCAGACGCGUCGAUGACCUUCUCGCCAUCCACGCUGCCCGGGCAUCGACGGUUCGAGUUUACAGCCGCCGCCGGUGGGGACUCUAAAGAAUGUUGUGGAGGCAAUGGAUGUGGAGAUGGAAGAGUUUGGAUGAGAGGAAUGCCCAAGCAUGGCAACUGAAUUUUUGUGCACGUCAUUACUAACUUUCCAAUGUAUGAUUGUGCUCAUCAUUCAUCAACGCUAUAAAAAGUGUAGUGGCAGCAUAAUCUUUUACUCCCUCAUUAAAUGGUUACAGGGUGAUGCAUCCAUGCAGUAUUCUUGUACGUAGUUGUCAUCCCUUUGGCAGAUAGAUGCUGAAGGAAGUCAUCAGCCACCUCUGUGUCUCCGUGAAUAACUUGCCAUUUGGCUGCUGUAUUGGAUUGGAUCAAGCAAUGGCAUUCAGUUUGUAGGGAUCA